AAAUUGGUUCCUAUACAACAGCGUAGUAUUGUUUACUUUAAAGUAAAUUAAAUAAACUUCAACGAAAAUGUUCGUUGUGUCCAGAGUAAACAAAUCGAGGGAUUUUAAUGUCACUUGGCCACAUCCGGGGUACGUCGCCUGUCGUCAUUUUCAAACAGUGGAGAGCAAAGGUGACACACGCAGAAUCGUUGUUGAUUGUGUUGCUAUAGUGCGUUUAUCUCGUCAGCUUUGCUUGGCACGAUCAGCGAGGAUUUUUUCCUUCGCCGUUGUUGCAUUUGGGAAGUAACUCUUUAGUUGCACAGAAACGUAGUUGUGUCUGUGGAAUGACCCAUUUGGCUCCCUGUUUUGCACUUAAAACUAACAGCAACCCUUUGUCUUGUCGUCACGGAACGAUUACGUAGAGGAAUAUUUGGACGCCAACGAAUUGCGCAAUAAAGCUGAUGCGUAACUUUCCAAACACUGACACAACAACUCUACCACGCAUCUCGCAAAUCGACUGUUUACCUCAGAAUCGCUUGAAUCCGGACGAGUUUGAACAGAAACGAAAAGCAGAUAAGGUAGGAGAACACGAAACUCACAUCAUGGCUCAAACAGCGGCCUUGAAAGAACAGAGCUUUGGCCGCCGUGGUAAACGGACAAAUUAUACGUCGGGGAUCUUGCCUCCCAUUUCGCAGAUUUCCAUGGGGGGAAGACAACUCCCGGCGGAAGCGAGUGCAAAGGAAGAAGGCUUGAAGCUUCCUCCGAUUUCCCAAGUGGCUUGUCUCGGGGGCUAUCUCGAUGAAAAACAGCUUGUGAUGAAACAGUCAAAGUCUAGAAUCAGAGACAGCGAUUCUGAGUUUGUAAGACUGUCUAAAGCUGGUGGUCAGAAAAACCUCCUGUGCUACACAGAGGCAGAUUCUUCGCUGCGCGAGGACGCAACGAACGCGAACACAUUUCCACGCUCCACUCGUUACCAUCCCGGGUUCACUUCAGAGGCAGACCCAAGAUGGCGCCCAUCUCAUUGGUCGGACUUUUCGCGACAGAAGCAAGCGAGAAGUGAUCAUAAAUUGAUAUGGAGGUAGAUUGGCGUGAUGGCUGAGCCAUUCACGGACAAAGACUGAAAAGAUAUUGCUUAUUCAUGGGUUAAGCUUAUUUUAAAAUGUACAGAGUACAAAGUGUGAACCGGGUAUGAUACGUAGCAAAUGGUAACAUGUUAGGGGAAUAGCUGCCAUUUUUCUGAUUUGUAGCCGAACGGACACAUUUAAUCUAGAAAAGGUAUUUGAUGAACUCCCUUGCUUUAAAAGCUGUUGAAAGUUAUAAAAAUAGCUGAAUUUAUCGUUCUUGUGUAAAUAGGAGAUUAUAAAGCAAACUGUCCCAGUCGUUUACCAAACGAAAUUAAACGCUCAUUUUAUGCGUCAACCUUGAGUACUCCUUUGCUUUUACAUUUUUUUUUCCUAGUUCUCUUAUCCUGUCUGUUUUUCUUUUUUCUCAAUUUACAGUAUAUUGUUGUCUUUCAAACGAAUCAACUAGCUUAUUUAAAACAUGAGAAAGUGAAACAACGCCAGGGUAUUUCGGUAACUUGCUUCGUUUUACUGCUAAUCCACAGAAUGACAUAGUGUUGUAAAGACUCGGUGAGAUCAGUACAUAAACGGGAUUUAAUUAACUCAGGAUUAAAAGGUUACAGGAUUCACAUAUUUUCGUGAGAAAGCAAACAGUUUUUGAUCUCCUGUUGACAAAAGAUUAUUCUCAUUAUAUAAACCGCAACCAAUUUCUCAGUGAGUUCACUUACUUUUGGAAAUGCCAUCGAAUUUCUUCAUUUCUUAAUGAGUGCAUGAAGGAUAACGAAAUGGAUAGAGUUAAAGUGAAUUAAAUUAUUGGUAGAGCCCAUCUCCAUCGAGUUCGUUGAAAGCUAAGCCAGAUUGAUCUUAGCAGCCAAUCAGAGCAUAGGUGAAUACCACCAAGGAGCUAUUGAGAUUUUAGGCGAGCAAGGAACCCUCGUACAGCGCGGGAAAACGCGACUGAGCAAGGUUCCCUGGUUUCAGUUUUGCGUCAGAUUGCUGAAGCAAGGAGGAGCGAGUUUUUUAGAUCAGUAACAGGAGGGAAAUGAAACAAUAUCAGCAAAUAUGCGAUCCCAGAUUAUAUUUGACACUCAAUGCUGGAAAUUGCUUUAUGAGUUCGUUGGUUAUUUUAGCGCGGUUUACGCUCAGAGGAUUAGUUAUAGUAGUCCAAGUCGGUGUGUAAUCAUACGAGUGAUUUACACUUACACAUCCAAGACACGUACACUGUUUUAUAAGUGCUAAAAAACAACAUCGUUCGAGAAUUUUAUCGCCGUUUUGAUUAGCCUCAUUUAUUGGCUCAGAUCGUGAUCUCUGAUCAACAAAUUAGCGCACCAAUUACUUUUUAUGCAUGUUGUUAUCGAUCUAAUUCCACACCAGUUUUUCGUACGAGGCUGCAAGCUGCUAAACUGCGUCAUAAUUCAAUAAUGAAUACUAACGCCAGUAAUUGAAGAACACGACCUCGCGCCGCAGAACUCUGAUAAAAUUCAUUAAGGAAACAACGACAAAUGAUGAGCCAAAGCUAGGCUUCAAACGAGUAAGUUCCGUUAAAUUUAUUAUCUCUCGUUAAAACGACUCCAAACUACGAUAAGAACAUUUUGUUUUCGACUCGUGCGCUUUGUUUGUAACUACCGAGAGCAUGAUUCCAAAACUUUGUUAUACCUAAUCAUCAAAGUGUGUUUAUUAUGUGUUGAUUUUAUCUGUUUAUCUCUCACUUUUAAAUCAAGUGCUAAUGAGUAGCGAAGAUGGAUUUUUUCUGUUUGUUUUCGCCCUAAUUUGAAUCGUACUCGUUUUCGUUUAACAUCCAUCCGUCCGCACAAGAAUAUAGUUUUGACUACAGCUGCAAGUUUCAAGCUACUAAACUCUCUCGUGAAAGAAUUGUUUAUAAAAGUUUUCGACAUCCUACAAUUGCGGUGGACAAUUCCCUUUCUCAUUAGCUAGUAGAGAGAUAAACAAUACUCAUUAAAAAUCCUUUGAUGUAAUUUUUUUGUUCAAAUGUUUAAAAUUGUGAAAAAGCUUUCAACUUGACGCACCAUCGAGGAUUAAUUUUCAUUCUGUUAGUGAAUCACUUUCGUUCAGAUUGUAUGGAAAGACUCGUGAAGUAUAGCCUGGAGGCUUUUUAAGUAAUAUGGCCAAGCCCUUUUACAAGCCUUUGGACAGGCCAGAGAGGGAAGAAAUUUGGUACUGUUAUUACGUUCCUCGUCAAAAGCCAGACUCAAAACCAAUUCAGCGUGUUCCUAUUUCACAAGUGCCGGACCUGACUAACGAGACAACCAGGCUAGUUACUGAAAACAAAUAUCGAAAUGUGGGCAGAGUAUUGGAAACUGAUUCAAAGUACGUGAAGUUAGCCAAAACUGGCGGGCGAAAGAACCUGUUAUGUUAUAAAGAAAACGAACGCGAAAACAGCGGGCCUAAAAGAUACGAAGUAGCCGCGUGGUAUUACCACGAUAGUGACAUGGACAAAGAAAAAGAACUCAGUGAAGAGGAGAGGCAUAAGAGAUACAACGUUACGUAUGGGAAACGGUGUUAUAAGGUUUCUCAACUUGAAAAACCCAUUGUAUAUCAGCGUCCGGAUUAUAUGACGCAUUUGGAAUCAGAGGAGUUGAUCAUGUCGCUGGGCGCAUCACAUCGCAUUCCAGAUCGCCCGAUCUUCGGCUUCGACAGGUUGUCGUUUUGGAAGCGAGACGAAGAGGAAAAAUCGAACAAGCUGCCUCCUUUGGUGGUAAACGAGAAUGCGAGGGAAAAAUCUGCGCAGCUGGGCUCUCCCAAAAAGUUUGUACCAACGAAGAAGAAGGUGAAGUUGCCAAAGUCCUCUAAGAAAUCUCAGCUGUCCAACAAUAGGAAAUUGUUCAGUUCAGGUUAUGCUACAGAAUGGCAUGAAAAGUGGUACGUGAAGGCCUUAAGGAAAUGAUUAUUCGACCGCUAAGACUGGGGCUACGGAACAAACAGACAAAGUCAAAGUUUUGUUAUCAUAGCGAGUGACCAUUGCAAAGCUAAUUAAUGAACAGUCAGAGAAUUCCAGCGAAGAUUCAUUCAGAAUAUUAACCGGAAAGUUAAGUUCUGAGAAAGAUGUUUCGAAAAAUUGACUUAAAUAAGAAACUUCGUCCCAUCACUUUACAAAUUUGUAGACUUAAAUGAAAGCAGGUCUCUCGCGUUUAGUGUGGGGUACUUUGUGUUAAUUUAAUUUCAUAUCGGGUUUUAUAUGUUGUAUAAAUAGUCCAUUGUAAAAAGUUUUUGUCGAGCUUAAGAAAAAUGUUUAGCUUACAUGUACCAGUUCAAGAUAAGCAAAUAUUCCAUCAAUAAGAUUUAAAAAAAUAUGAACGUCAUGCAAAAAUCUUAAAAGCCCUGUCUAUCAAAUGUUACGAGAUUAUUUAGAUUUCUCUUGAGUUUGAGACAUUUCCUUAUGGGAUAACAUUAUUUUAACUAGCAUGGUAUUGUGCAGUUGUACCUAAAAGAACCGAGAAACUGGCAAAACGAUCACCAGGAGCGAACAAAAUAGAACCUCUUUGUCAAUAUGAUAAGUUGUUUCACUAAAGCCACCUAAAAACAAACAAAAAGGAACGAGAGCGUGCAAAAAAUUUUUGAUGUUAUUGAACAUUAUCAGGUACAAUUGUUUAUCGUCGAUGCCUCCUGUCGCAUUCCAAUGAUACGAGAUCAUACAAGUAACUCUGACUCGCAGUGCGCCUUUUAUUUCAAAUGUGUGGCGCAAUAAUAAAGGCACCGGUCGAGAACGCGA